CUGUUGGGUAUUCGCCGCGUGACUGCGAUCACCGGCAUAUUUAUUAUUGUGCUUAUACCAAUAAACCUCAGUGCGCUCUAACCGGCCUUUCACUAAACACGUCCCUAUUCGCGUAUAUAACAGUGGCGACGUCUACCCACAAGCAAAAAAAAAAUGGCUCAUUUUGGGAUUUUGGCCACCUUUGACCAUAAUUCACAGUGUUGGCAAACAUAUAAAAAUCGGUUGAGUCAAUGGUUUAUCGCGAAUAACAUCGGAAGGGCAGAGGAUCCUCAGUGUAUAAAAAGACGAGCGAUCCUUUUGAGUGCACUCAGCGAUGGAUCAUAUAAAUUGGCAGCAGAUUUGGCUUUGCCAAAAGAAGUGCAAGAUUUGCCAUUUGAAGACAUAAUUAAGCUUUUCGACGACCACUUCACCCCAAAAACAUGCGGAUUUAGCGAACGUUUCACUUUUUAUGUCGCUACGCAAAAGUUGGGCGAGUCAUACACUCAAUGGGCGGCACGACUGCGUGGUCUAACAGCUCAUUGCGGUUUCCUCAAUGUGGAAGAAGCUCUUAGAGAUCGCUUUGUGAUGGGCAUGUUACCGGGGCCGGAACGUGAGAAGCUGUUCGCGCAGGAUGUGAAGGCGCUGACACUCUCCAAGGCGCUGGAGCUGGCGGUGAGCGUGCACUGCGCUCGCCAAGGAGCAGCGUCAUCGGCGGCGUCGCAUGCGCCAAACGACCAGGCGCUAUUUAAAAUCAGCCAGCAGCAAGAUCGCGUAAAAAGUGCAAGUGAUAAAAAAAUCCAGUGUUCGGUUUGUGGUUACAAAAAUCAUACGGCAUCGGUGUGUAGGUUUGCAAGUUACAAGUGUAAAAAGUGCAACACGAAAGGGCAUUUACAGCGAAUGUGCAAAAAAGUUAAUUACUUGGAUAAUGCAGUGGUAAACGAGAGCGAGGAUGACGACGGUAGGUCAACUUUAUAUAAUAUUAGGUCAUUUAGUGGGGAGCCAAUGGCUGAAAUGGUUAAUGUUCAGGGCGUGAAAAUGAAGUUUCAAAUUGACAGUGGGUCGGCAGUCACAGCUAUUUCCGAUAAAAUUUAUCAGUUGAAAUUUCAAAAUGUACCGUUAAAAUCAACUAACAAGCGUCUGUUAAGUUACACAGGUGAAAAAAUAUCUUGUUUAGGUAUCAUACGCUUAGCAUUCACAUAUAACAACGUAACUAAUUCGCUUGAUGUUUACGUCGUGAAGCACGGCGGACCGCCGAUACUGGGACGCGAUUUUAUUUCACGUUUCAAACUAGCACUGUUACCUAUUAAUUUUCUGUCAACGGACGACCUGUUGGAACAAUUACAAUCACGAUAUCCAUUUGUAUUUUCAGAUUCUUUAGGCAAAUUUAAUAAAUACAAGGUAACAUUACAGUUGACAGAAAACUCAAAGCCCAUAUUUUUUAAGCCUCGUCCAGUUGCUUUUGCCCUAAAAUCCAAGAUAGAUGCGGAAAUUGAUCGUUUGAUAAGUAUAGGUGUCCUAAAACCGGUUCAGCAUGCAGCAUACGCUUCACCCAUAGUCCCUGUGCUCAAACGCAACGGUUCAAUUAGGUUAUGUGCAGACUAUUCAGUUUCAAUUAAUAAACAGUUGUUAGUGGAGCAGUAUCCGUUACCCACCGCUCAGGAACUGUUUUCUCGCUUACACGGCGGGACAGAAUUCAGUAAACUUGACCUUACACAAGCGUACUCGCAAUUUGUUUUAGACGAAGACUCGCAACAACUCACAUGCAUUAAUACUCAUCGCGGGUUGUUCAAAUACACUAGGCUUGUGUUCGGUUUAGCUAGCGCGCCAGCUAUAUUCCAACGCGCGAUGGAUUGUUUGCUGUCGGGGCUGGACGGCGUUGUAUGCAUGCUCGAUGAUAUCUUGAUCACGGGAAUUAAUAGAGUUCAGCACCUGGAAAGACUAAAUGCAGUGUUGAAGAGACUCCAGGACGCAGGACUAACACUUCAAAAAAGUAAAUGUGAACUUUUUAAAGAUAAAGUUGAAUAUUUGGGUUACACUAUAGAUAAAUGUGGCUUACAUAAAUCUCCACAAAAAGUAAAAGCUAUUUUAGAGGCCCCCAUUCCCUCUAACAUUAAUCAACUUCAGUCUUUCUUAGGUCUCGUUAACUACUACCGAAAUUUUGUACCUAAUGCAUCAACAAUUUUAUGCCCACUUUACAAAUUAUUACACAAGGGACAUAAGUGGGAAUGGGGUAAAGAACAGAACGAUGCUUUCAAUCUAAUCAAAAAGUGUCUUUCUUCAGAUCAUGUUCUAGCUCACUUCAAUCCCAAGGCUAAGGUUGUGUUGACAGUGGAUGCCUCUCCGCACGGGUUGGGGGCAAUAUUAUCGCAAAUAGGGGACGAUGAAACGGAACGGCCUGUAUCUUUUGCUUCUCGUACUCUGAACUCGGCUGAAAAGAAAUACUCGCAAAUUCAAAAAGAAGCCACAGCUAUAAUUUUUGGAGUACGGCGUUUUCAUCAAUAUCUGUACGGCAGAUCUGUUCCUUUCGUUCUACGUACAGAUCAUAAACCACUUUUGUCUAUCUUUGGCCCACAACGCGGCAUACCCGAGGUAUCCGCUAACAGAUUACAGCGAUACGCAAUGUUUUUAAGCGGUUACAACUAUACAAUAGAAUACAUAAGUAGCAGUAACAAUAGCGCCGACUACUUAUCGCGGGCCAGUCUGCCAGAGCUCGCCCAGGCGGCUGCGCGUGCGCGCGCCGAGCGAGACGGCGCUCCCGAUGACGUCAUUGACGACCGUGCGUCCUAUGUUUGUUUUGUUACAGAUGGCACGUUACCUGUCACACUACGCGAUAUGCGCGAACUUACUAGUAAAGACAGAGUACUUUGUAAGGUUGUAAACUAUAUAUUAAACGGUUGGCCACCUAAGGUAUCUGAUCCAGUGCUAAAGCCAUACUAUUUAUGUAGGACACAACUUUCUUAUGAAAAUGGAUGUAUAAUGCGGGGACAUAAAGUGGUCAUUCCAGAGGCAUUAAGACACAAAAUUCUAGUAGAAUUACACAAAUCACAUCUGGGGGUGGUAAAAAGCAAAGCUGAGGCCCGUGCUAGAUUAUGGUUCCCGGGUAUUGACAAUGCAAUAGAGAAUAUGAUAAGUAAUUGUGAAGUGUGCAUUCAACUAAGGCCAUUACCCGGUCGAGCGCCGCUAGCAGUGUGGCCGCACCCUAAGCGGCCAUUCCAUAGAAUACACAUAGACUUUCUCGGUCCCAUUAAUAACCUUACGUACCUAAUUGUUGUAGACGCUCACAGUAAGUGGGUUGAGGCUUACUAUAUGAAAUGCACUUCUUCUAGUUCGGUAGUAAGUAAAUUAAUGGAAUUCAUAUCGCGCUUCGGGCUCCCACAGACGCUUGUUAGUGAUAAUGGUACGGCUUUUACCUCACAGGAAUUUAAAGCAUUUUGUAUUUCUAACGGAAUCUCGCAUGUGACGUCACCUGCUUACCACCCGGCUAGCAAUGGACAGGCGGAAAGUUACGUUAAAGUAAUUAAACGUGGCAUUAAGUCAUGUAUUAUUGAAAACAAUAAAAAAGAUUUGAAUGCAAAAAUAUUAAAGUAUUUAUUCGAUUAUAGAAAUUCAAUUCAUUCUACAACAGGAUUUUCGCCCGCUCAGCUAGUUUUUGGUCGUAAACUUCGUUCACGCUUGGAUCUGAUUAACCCCUUAACUGCCCCGCCGUCAUCCGACGCCCUCGCAAAUAAUGUUAAAAACAACCAGUGUUUGCAGAGUAAAUCAUAUGGUGGAAAAAAUAAACAGUACUUUAGUGAAGGAGACAUUGUGCUUUAUAAAACAUAUAAUAUUAAGUUUCACCCAUGGAAUAAGGGUAUAGUUAUAAAAAAAAUAGGAAAAGUAACCUAUUUAGUUAAGGAUUGUAUAACGUCAUUAACAUGUAAAAAACAUAAAAAUCAGUUAACGCUUUAUAGGGGUACAGCCAAUAGUAACCAACAACUGCUUGCUAAAGACUGUGUAAUAGAAUUAGACGAUUUCACAAAGUCACAGUCUAUGUCACCGAAUAGCAUUACCGAGCCCAUGAACGUCGGGCAGGUUCCAAUACCUCAACGCUCACAGGACGAAGAAGAAGAGGAGUUCUAUGAGGCAGUUGAACUAGAAGGAGAGAGUGGGGCAGGUUUGGAAUCAGUCUCGCAAUCUUCGGAGCCCCCGUUACCAAAUGCACGUAGCAGAGCAGCCGGAAGGUUGUUACGGCCCGUACCCCAAGUAGAUUAUAAACAAUUCUUUUGCUUAGAUGUUUAAUUCUUUUAUUGAUAUGUUCUUAAGCUAUUGAGGGAGGAACUGUUGGGUAUUCGCCGCGUGACUGCGAUCACCGGCAUAUUUAUUAUUGUGCUUAUACCAAUAAACCUCAGUGCGCUCUAA